GCAGCCGUUAUCGGGGGCGAUGUGACGCAGAGGCCUGGAAUUAGGGCAAUGCUGCAGGGACUAUUUUACGUCGCGGAUGUAUAUUUCAGGCACAGUGCUAAUGCUGAUGACGCUGGGAGGCUUCUGGCCAGUGGCUGGGUUCUGCUUCCGGGGCGGUGACCCGGCUGUGACAGCCGCUGCUGCAGCCCGCGCAGUUUGUAUUAGGUGACGGUCUGACUGUGGUGGAAGAGGAAGAUGUGGAGGGAGAGACACCAGGCGGCCGGGGAACUGCAGCUCUUCCUCAGCGGCGUCCAUGAACAAGUGAAGAAGGGGGGGCAGCUAGGCCCUUGUUUUUACAAGGAUGACCUGCAGGUUCAUAUGGUCAGCCCUGGCAAGUGCAAAGCAUUGGAGUGUUUCUGUAGUGGAAAUGACAUGGUUUUUGUUAUGGAGAAAAAGCCAGUCAAUCUGGAGGAAGAUGCACAGGAAGAAUCUCCCACUGCUGGUGACAGCUACUCAUUCAACCAUUCUCUGGAGAAACCCUGCUUACCUUUGCCUAUUUCUACCAUGAAAGCAAGCUGUUCCAUUCACUGCUCAGUACCUGGACAGUUGUUGGAAUCGCCUUUAACCAAGCCCAACACCAUUCAAAAGAGAAAAACUAAACGGAGACCCUGUUCAUUCCCCAGCAAGCAGCUACUUUCCAGCUACACCUUGACACACAAUCCCAACAUGAGCGAGGUUAGGAAUGGGGAAUCGGUGGAAGUUCUCCCUCAUCUGUGGGUGCGAUGCGAUGCCUCGGAUGCAGAGGGCACCUGCUGGCUUGCUGCUGAGCCUAUUAAAAUGAACAAGAAUGAGAUAAUGGGAAUGAGCUUCCGUAUGGUGACUUGUACAGGUCCAACUGCAGACAAAAGCUCUUUUCCAAGUCUGGAUACUCUCAAAAAAUCCCACAAGGAGAGACAUCAUUCGUCUGCUAUGCAGACAAAAGGAUUUGCUCAGUACGAUUUAUUUAGCUACUGCACAGUGGAAAACUCCAUUAUAGAAUCACAAACAAGUGUCACAGUGGACUUUGUGUGGAAUGGUGUGGACCACAUCCUACAGAUCCCACCUUUGACUUCUGCUUCAACGCUGAAUAUCAAAGUGGAGUCUGGAGAUCCCAGAAGUCCUGUGUACGCUGUAUAUAAAGAGCUGGAUUUUUUACUGGUUUUGGCUGAAGGUAUGAAAACUGGGGUAACUGAGUGGCCGGAGACCUCGAUUGCCAAAUCCGCUGUUGAGCUGGUUCAGGAGCUACUGAACGAACUAAAGAAUAAGCUGGAUGGUGUUAAUAAUCCAGCACCUAAGAAAGAAGCAGAGAAAGUAAAGAGUGACACUUCAGUAGUGGACAGCUCCAUCCAGUCCUUUAUCACAGAGCGCGGAGACCUGGACUUUGCUGAGAUGCUGUGGUGCAAGAUGAGGAAAAGCGUCUCCUCUUAUCAAGAUGUCACAAACUGCUUCUCUCUCAUCAUACAGUCGCUGAGAUAUGGGGAGGUGCACCCUUGGAUCCAUCGUGGGAGCAACAGUACCCUGAGCAAGCUCAUUCAGCAAUCCUACCAUGGAAACAUGCAGAGCGUAUCCCUUUCUGGCACUACUCCCAUCCGCAUGCUGCUAGAGAUCGGUCUGGACAAGAUGAAGAAAGAUUAUUUGAACUGCUUUAUAGGUCGUGAACUUGCAACUUUUAACUACCUGGAUUAUUUUGUCAGCACAUCGGUGGAUUUGCAGGAGCAAGUGCACCGUAUCAAGAAGCUGCAUCACAUGCUGGAGGUGGUUGUAAACUGUAAUGCUUUCCUGAGCCUGGAGCAUGAGAACCUCUUCCCCCUCACACAGAUCUGUUUAAAGUUCUACAAAGAGAACCCGUGGAAUGAACAGCACGUGUUCCACCUUCCGAUACGGCCGAGUGUGAUCAGCGGCUUCUAUCAGAAUGCACACCCGCAGACAUGGAGAGUGGAGAUCCUCAGUGGACAUGGGCAGAAGGAAGUUAAAACUAUGUGGCAGCUGAGUUCCAGGACACCUGUAGACCACAUAACUUUUGAUGUGCCAGAUCUACAGGCUGACAUGACGAUGAAUGGGGAGAAUGAAGAGAUCCGUUAUUACCAGGCACAGGUCAGCAGCAGUCACGUGCACUUCUACUGAUCGCUAAAACCUGAAAACAGAAGAGGAGAGAUCACACAAGUCUUCAAUGAAAGUCUUUGUUCUGGGCGGAGGUGGCGGCACCUGUCAGGUGGUACAUUAUCGGUGUUUCGCAGACCAUUUUCUAGCUCUGUUUGCGCAGGAGGAUCAUCAGGAGCACAGCACCGAUUAGAAUACACAGUGUGCAGACCGUAGGCACCACAAUCUCUGUCACCAUUUCCAUGUGCCUGGUCAGUGGGUCUAGAGUAUCAGAGAAGCCAUGUAUUUGAACACAGUCAUGCAGAGUGUCUUCUAUAUAUACAGCGCAAAAACGGAUGUUCUACUGCUGCCAGCCGUAACAUAUCCUAUACGCAAUUAAUCCAGUUUUCUUUGUUCUUUUAUUGGAUUAUAAGGAAACAGCCUGAAUAUUAACCAUCCCCUCAUAUCUAACAACCCCUAUCAACAUAUAUGUCAGUGGUGGUCCUUUCUAGUUAGGAAAUCUUUACAUGUCCUGCAGCUGUAACAAAGGGAAUAUUUUUAAAGUCUAUUUAAUUUGUGAAAUAAUAUAUAAAGAUGGGCUUUAUGGUAACAACCCCUACUUGCCGGAUGAUCAGUGAGACUUCUUCCCCUGCGGCCACAUUACUGCAAUAAAAACAUGGCUGCACUUUCUAGGGAUCACUGCACUACAUGAAAAGUGGCCCAUGUCAUCUAAUCCGUCAGCUGGCCUCUUACAUUUAGUCCCGUUAGCCUGUCAUAUACAAAGUGGAGGUUUCCUAUCACUGGCUCUGCACAUUUGUUACCGUGAUUACAAGUAGCAUGUACUGAUAUGUUGUCUCUGAAAGCACAUCUUACCAUAAAUUAGCCGCAGUAAAUUUGCAGCCGCAUUCCUCUGCUCCUCUGAUUUUUCAAGAAGAAAACAGACAAAAGGGGAGGGAGCGUGAAUGUCUGAUGAGAUGACGUCCUGCAUAAUCCGGGGUUGGCACAGCUCCAGGUAAACACAAUUUGGAGUACUACUAGUUAUAGCAUUGCCUCUUGAACCUGCCCUCAAGCUUCACCAGCAGUGCACAUUUUGGCAUGUGAGCAUAUCCAAUCAGUUGAGCCAUUGCCUAUUACACCUGUACUUCGGUGAGGGACUUACAGCAACGUGCACUGGUGGUGUGGCCAGAGCACAGGCUCGGGAGCCACCUGGUUAGAGAAGCACAGAGAGCAGCUCUAUUCGGCAUGUAGUAGGGUUAUUCACACUCAGAACUGUCACAAGAGACACUUGGAGCCCCACACAAUACCUUGUUUCCCAGGUCUCGCUCAUCCAGUUUUUCCCUACUUUCUACCUACCACUAUUUGUAGUAAGGUAAUAGUUAUGUUUUAAAUUGAACUUCAGACAUCCAAGAGAACAGUGGAACACUGGUGCUCUCAGCCUUCUAUCUGCCGCAGGAACGCAGCAUACUUUAGCGUGUAGGCAUAACAAGCCGAUAACUGUCAGAUGCUGAUUGCAGAAAGCAUCAGAGCCCCACUACCCUAAUAUAACAUUGUGUGAAUAAUGACAUGUUUUGGUCUUUUACCUGAUCUGUUCCUCCUUUAAUCACAGUUGUGCUCCAUAAAUAUUCAGAAAUGGAGAAGAAUGUAUGAAUCACUUAGAAUGGACCGAAAUAUAAAUAUAUACUAAGGGGUAUAUUUGCUAAAGUACGGGUUUAUAAAAAUGGAGAUGUUGCUCAUAGCAACCAAUCAGAUUCUAGCUAUUAUCUUCUAGCAGGUGCUAGAUAAAUAAGUAGAAUCUGAUUGGUUGUUAUGGGCAACCUCUCCAUUUCUAUAAACCCGCACUUUAGUAAAUAUACUGUACCCCUUAGUCUCUUGGCUGGAUUUCUGUAACAGCUACUGUAUGUGUACGUAUUUUUACUAAGCUUUAAGCAUUAUCUACAAGAUGUUUUAAUGUUUGUUGUUCACAAGUUUUCCAUUAUGCUGCUGCUUGUAUUUGUUACUGCCGCCUUUUUCAGCACAUGUAUUAAGCAAUAGUUUUGAUAUAUUAAUAAAGACUUUGAAUAGGU